AGUUGUUUCUUCCAAUUCAUUUCAAAGACAGAAACUGCCGGAAGGAAUUUUGCGUUAUACCAAUUGGAAUUUUGGUUAUUACAUUGGGUACAAACAAGGUAGCUCAAAAUGCGAGAUUCAGGAAGCUGUUUCCCCAGAGUUCCAUGAAGUGGAAGAGCUUGAUGUAGCGAAACUGGAGGAGCAGGCAUCACAUUUGGAGAAAGAUCUAAUAGUGAAAGAAAGGGAAACAUUGGAUGUUUUAAAAGAGCUGGAAAAGACCAAACUGAUUAUGGACGAGCUGAAGCAAAAGCUGCAGAAAGAAGCAUCUGAAGUCAAUUCAGUCCAACAGGCAAAUGCAGGCGAAACAAAUGUGACUCCGGUGUUGAAAGAAGAAGAGAAGGAAAACAAUGUGAUUGAAGGAGGUAAUUUGAAUUCCGUAGAAGGCGUAUGCCCCUACCCUUCUGCAGCUCCUGGAUUGAUCUUAAUGGAGCUGAAACAGGCAAAGCUGAACCUUAGCAGGACUACAACUGAUCUUGCUGACAUUCGAUCUUCUGUUGAUUCAUUUAACAAGAAAUUAGAGAAGGAAAGGUUUGCACUUGACAAGACCCGUGAAAGGUUGACUCAGAAUUCUUCAAAAAUACCAUCCCUGGAAGAAGAGCUAAAUCAAACAAAACUGAAGCUACAAUUGGCAAAGGAUGCUGAAAGUAAAGGUGGUUCGGAGAAUCCCUUAGAUAUUUCAAAGGAGCUCCACCGCUUGAAUUCUGAGGUGGAGCAGUUCAAAAAAGUGGGAGAAGAUGCAAGAUCAGAAGUUUUAAGAGCUACACAGGAGAUUGAACAUACAAGAACAAGGAUAAGAACAGCUGAAGUCAGAUUGGUUGCUGCAAGAAAAAUGAAGGAGGCA